ACAAGUGAAAGCCGAUAAACAAUCAAAGUGUCUCGAUGGAUGGCGGUUUUUGUAUUUAUCGAGACAGAGAAACGUGUUGAAUAUGGUUAGGCGUACGGCUCAGUGUUACAAACACGAUAGGACUUUGUUAUUGUGCUAGUUAACAUUAGCUCGAAAACUUUACACCGGAGCAGUGUGCUACGGAGCGAGUAUAACAUACCAAGGGUAUCUGUUAGUAUUUUGCUCCACUUAAUCAAACAACCGCAAUCGGAAUAAGCGGAUCUAAAACCCUUGUUACCAGUUUGGUAAGUUGAUCCAAGGUUUUCCAGCGCAUUCACACGAAGCUGCAGGUGUUUGCAGCAAACGGCAUUCUCACAAACAUGGAGAAGUGUACUAUUUUUCACAAGUGAAAAUAAUUGGAAAUAUUGGACAAAUACUAAGAAGUUAAACACAAUUCGGGUUAAAGCCAACACAGCCACAGCUGAAAAAGUUUACAAAGGCAUGCACAUUCAAUGUUCUGGACAGAAGAACAUGCAGAAUACGGGAAAACUCUGAAAACUCUAAAAAAAGUCUGCAAAAGAGCUUGAUGCGUCAAACGUCACUAAUUAAAUGCAAUAUAGCCUAUUGUCCCGGAAGCAUUCAUCUAGUGUGCGUCCUAAAAUAGCCAUGUCACUGUCCCAUCGAGGACACGACUAGAUAUACUGUAGUUCGGACUAUAAUUAAAUGUAUAAAUCCCAUGUGUCGCAUAGAUGUAUGGCGUACAUGAUCAUUUUAGCUGCAACCCCGGCGGUGCGAAACAGAUGGGAGCAAAUGCAAGUGAACAUAAAAACAUAAUUGAAUGAUAAUGUGGUUUAUUUUAGUAUAAAGGUGCAUGGCUUUAGUGCUUCAGUCAGGCUGUUGUCGGAUGAUAUCGGCAUAAAAACUCAAUGAAAUUGCUGUUGCAUGCACAGUUUACAGGACAGUACGCACACCUGACGUGUUGCACUUGAAAAAGCUCAAGUAGCUGGCACAGAGAAGCCAGUCCAAUUCAUUUAUUGGGCAGCAGGCGGUGCUUUUGUCUGUGUUAAUAUGUCAUUUAGAUAUACCCUGCUCCGGAGCAUGUUAGGUGUUUAUUAUCCCGGUGAGAAGUGAACCACUGCUGCAGGACGAUAAACUCGGAGUUUAGCCUGAAGUGACCUCGCUGCUUCAUAGUACAGACCUCAGCUGAACUACCUCAAAAUACACUAACCUCAGUCUCUGUGCGAGCUUUUUUUUCAUCAUGCGCUACAUUUUAAACACAAAGAGCCUCGGUCAUAUAUACAAGGGCUUCCAACGCCUCGUUUCACUCUCAUCUAGACCGACUCAACUCAAGGAGCCGUCUACUUCAGUCACGACCACCAUCGUGCCUCGGGACUUCAGCCUGCCCAACUCCUCCUGGGGCUCAGAAAUGAUGCGGUUGUACGAGCAUUAUAACAGCCAGUGUGAGGUGGAGACAGAGGGAGGAGAGAAACAGGAGGGGCCGUGGCAGAGACUGCCAAGCUGUCGUGACCUCAUCAAGCAUGCUUCAGGUGGAGUGUCUUAUAGUGACAGGGUCCAGCCAAAAGGCAUUUUUUUUACUCAGAAUACCACAGAGCCGGGUGCAGCAUUCGAGUAUGUUGUGUUUGCCAACAAUGAGGAGCAGAAGAGUGUGUGCAUUUUCCAGAGUGGACACCUGCUGGAGGGGGCGCCAGGACAUGUCCAUGGGGGGGCAAUAGCCGCUAUGAUUGAUAAUGUCACAGGGACUCACGCUACUUUCUUCUAUGGACUUGUAAUGACGGCGAACCUCAACAUCAACUACCGCAGCCCCAUCCCACUGGGAAGCACAGUGGUGCUUGAAUCCUCUCUGGAUAAGAAGGAAGGAAAAAAAACAUUUAUUUCAUGUAAGGUGACCAGCAGUGAUGGCUCCCAGCUGCACACAGAAGCAACAGUGCUGUUCCUGUCAGUCAGUGUCAGUGACCUAAUGAGAGUGUUGGAAUCUUCCCACCUGUGAACUUUGGUUCAUUUGUGGAUUUGAACUGAUGUGGAUUAAAAUGCACAGCAUUUCCAUUCGCCUCUCAAAAUGGCAUCACCUUCAUUUAGGUUAUCUGGCAAGGAACACAGACACAGAGAAAUCUCCUCCCAUGAUGCCUCAGGUUUAUGACUCCUACAGAGCUGUGAACACUUUAUUGGUCAGGAGACCUUUGACACCACAUGGGGUCUCCUGUAAAAGGAGACUAGAGCCCUCUGAUCUCUCUCUUUCUCCUCUGCUUGCAAAAGCAACAACACCUCCACCCUCCUCCAGAGGGACAGAGGUCUGGAUCCACCAGACCCCCUCCUCCCCCAACUCUCUUCAACAAAGAAUCCUGCAGCCAACUCUCCAGAUGGCUCUGCAUGCAAAAGUUGGAUUAAUGAACACAAGAUCACAAGCAGAACUUAAUCUGUAAAACAGAAAAUUAUUGGAAGACAACCUGCAACCAAACCUCCUCUCAAUGCCUGCUCCAUAAUCCUCCCCAUCUGUGCUCUGGUAUUUACUGGGCAGUAUAGAUAAGAUCAGAGCAAGGACUAAGCACAAAGCAUUGACCUGUAAUCAGUGAUUUGGUUUAUGUGAGUUAAUAAAUUAAAAAUAAUUAUUAAGUCUAUUAUUGAUCAGUGUUCCAAAUUGAUAGUUUUGUAAUUUUAUGAAAAUCAUUCUAUAAUAUUCAUUCAUAUCAUAUCAUUUAAAAUAAUUCUGAUAAUCAUUAAAAACUCUAAUAGCUGUGUGUGUGUGUGUGUGUGUGUGUGUGUGUGUGUGUGUGUGUGUGUGUGUGUGUGUGUGUGUGUUAGAAGUUAGAAAGUGUCAGUGGUUUUGUGGAAUGUGGCACCACUAGAUAUUUGUCGCAGCGGAUCCUGGUUUGAAUCUGGCCCGAGGUCCCUUUACUGGAUGUCUUCCACUCUUUCUCCUCCUUCCACUUUCUCUGUUACUACCAAUAAAGCAUGAAAAUGCCACAAAAUGUGUGUGAGAGAGAAAGUGUCCCUCAUUCUUGUGGGGAUUGUGUACUUGUUUGCCAAGGGAGAGAUAACUUAUCUAAAUAUAUAUACAGUCAUGGAAAAAAAUAUAAAUAAAAAAUAGUUCAUAAGAGUUUAAUUGCUAUUUUGCAUGGCUUUCUUGAUAAUGAUUUUGGUUAUUAUCCAGAAAACCAUGGAAAAUGGCUAGAUAUCAGCUCUUAAAUUAAACUCUUAUGAGCUAUUUUUUGUUAACUUUGUCCAAACAAAUAUACCAUUAGUUUUACCCAGGCAUUAAAAUGAACAAGAAAUUGAUGAAAACAAAGGUGGUCUAAUAAUUUUUCCAUGACUGUAUAUAUGUGUCUGUCUUAUAUAUAUUGUUGACAA